AUGUUGCUUUUGUCUUGUGGCUCUGAAAUAACGGUGUAUUUGCCUUGUACAUGUGAAUGGGAAAUCGAUGAACAAAUCAUUUUUUUCAGGUUUCCAGACCUUCAAACGUCUAAGGACAGGAUGUCUGACAACAAACAAAACAAGAGGAGAAGCAAAGAAGGUUGUGGAAAUGUUGUUGCUCUUCAGAAUGCAGAUCAGAUGGUGAAAGAAAUGCAUCAGUCACACAAGGCUGUAGGAAAAACCAGCCAAAUAGCACCAACAUCCAGACCGUGGCCAGAUGAACAAGUGGCAUGUUUUCCCAGUACAAAGGAGUUAGCAUUACAGAUCAGACAUUGUACCUCUUCACCUUUCUUCUCGAAGAAAGAGAACACAGUUCAUGGCUUUGACUUCACCUUUCUGCUGCAAGCCUCGUGCCUGGAAUCUGACAUUCCAAAGUCAUUCAUGGAUUUGGAUGCUUUUGAGGUGAUAGAGGCACAAACACAAGAAAGGUUAAAUGGAACAAUGCUAAAAGCCAGGAACCAGAGAUCUGAGUUUCAUUUGCCACCAGUGACAUUGCAACCUGUAAGAACAAUUCAUCUGGCUCCUCUAGAGGAUAAUGUUGUCAAUGAAAGCACCAACAUCAGAAAUAUUUGGAAUGUUAUGAACGCCAUUCCUCAGCCUAUAAAACCAGUCACUCAAUUUUGUCAUUAUGGGUUAGACAGUCUAUUAAAAAAGUACACUGAGCAGUCAUCAGACAAGGCUGUGGCCACUAUCUCGGAUAAGUUCACUCCAGUGAAAGACCUGUACUGCUUCAGUGAGAGUAACUGUUGUAGGUACCCUAGCAACAAGAAGGAAGAAAUUCAAAGCAAUUUAAAAUGGAGGGAAGGUGAUGUAGCUACCAAUACUGAAAAGAAUGACCAGGUAAAGCACCAGUAUUCAGCGGCUUGUAAGAACGUAGAUCUUAUGAGCCAAGCCAGUUUCUGUGAUGAUAAUCCCAGCUGCUUGAGCUCAAGUAAUGCUCUGAUAAACUGUGGAAUGUUUACAGCUCAGACAGCAUUUACAAUGUCAAGCACUGGAGAUGCCCAGAGAGCUGGCAAUAAGGAAAGGAAAGCAGAGGAUUGCGGUAGAAGUGGUCUAGAAGAAAGAAGUGCUACAGAGAUGACACUGGAUCGUAGACCACGUGACAGUGCUGAGAGUGGGAACUUUGUGCUUGACAGUCAUGACUUGGCUUCUUCCUGUAAAAAUGAAGUGCUAGAGGCCUACCAUGCCUUAGAAGAUAAUUCUGUAGCUACAGUAACUCCCAGAGCAGAAGUGCAAGAUGCUGCUGGAAAGCAAACAGAACAUAAUGUUUGCCUCUCUGAAUUUGAGAUGGAAAAGGAAGCACUGUCAGAAGCAGCUCCGAAAGACCAAAGUGAGCUUGUACCUGUUGUUGGUGUUUCGUUGUCUGAACAAGAAGCAGCCAAGGAACCCCACAUUGCUAGGCCACCUGCCACAAAAGCGAGUGCCAUUCAUAGCCUGCCUCCUUGUGUUACUCAGAGCCCCAACGGUCUUGCUCGCAAAGAAGACACCAAAAGGAAGAUAAAGAUGAAUAGAAAUAAACAUUCAUCAAAAUCUAAACCGAGUAGCAAGAUGAAGGUAUCUGAAGACCUAAUCAUUUCCACACAAUGUAAUGCCAAGAGGCAGAUCUUUCCAUCUCUGGAACUGCCACACAUGGAAUCUGAGACUUCCCUGAAGCGUCACAAAAAAAAGGCAGACAGAGGCCGCUUUGCUCAGAGUGCUCAGAAACCUAAACAGCAAAGUUUCUCCUGCAGUUGCAAAAAUUCAGCUGUCUUAAAGGAAACUGUUACUUCACUUUCUCCACCACAUGCACAGCCUGCUUCAGGUUUUGUAGAUCUGAAAUACAGUGACAUGUUCAAGAAAAUAAAUGCAAGUGACAAAGGGCCAGGUAUUUAUGAAAUGUUUGGAACUCCCGUCUAUUCCAACACGCGUGAGCUCGAUCACUGUGAGAACAGAUUGUGCAGAGAUGUUUGUUCUGCUCCACCCAGGAGAUGCACUCCCAGCACCUGCAGAUCUACCUGCAGGAAAGGGAGCAGCCAGGUAAGAAACACUCCAAAGCAAAAGUAUUCUAAGCCAAAGAAGACCACACCUGGCACUAAACGAAAGCAGAAAGGUUUCAUUACGAAGGAUGGGAACACUGAGAUGAAGGACAGCAACACAGAGCAAGAUAAUAUGAUAACUUCUGAUACAGAGUGUCAAAUAAACACUUCAAGGAGCCAGACACUGGUUCAUGAAGACACAGAUCACCACCUUAGGUUUUUAGAAGAGCUUUCACAACCAGCUAAACAAAGUGACCUUUUUUCAGAUUCAGUCUUAUCAACUGUUAAAGAAGUUUCUUUGGAGAGGUCUUUAGUCAGGCAGGAUACAUCCAGCCAUCAGAGAGAUGCUGCCUGUAGCCAGUAUCUUCUUCAGUUCAGUGAUAAAGACUACAGAGAAUGUGCUGCUCUGAGUAGCAGCCUGCUAACAACAGAGCAGAACGUUUGUGUGCCCCAGUGCAGGGUGGAUAUGGAUGGCUGCAAAGGUCUGCAAUCAGACUGGGCCUCCUUCAAGUCUAUAAAGAAAUGUGAAGCAUUGUCCUUUUCAGGUAGACUGGAGUGUCAGUCCCCUAUGAAACAAUUGCAUCACAGCUGGGCACACUCACCUGAAAGCAGUGCUGUGUGGAGAGAAAUGACUCAGCCUUCAGUCAUCCAGACAAAAAAUGUUACAAAGCCCAGUUUCCAGCCAAGUCAAAAAGUUUUGUCCUGGGCAACUAAUAAGGAUGUGACUGAUGAGCUGCUUCGUUGCCUGGCUGAAGAAUUGCUAAUGCUUGAAGAAAAAGAUACCAGCUCUUCAAGAACAAAAAAUACAGGUUCUGAAAUACAAAAUACACAUACUGAAGAAGGAGAAAAUACGGUGAAUGGAGAUGGAGCCACGGUAAACAGUGCCCUAGAGAAGAGUUACAGUAAAGCCCUUCUGGCAUCAAAUGAAGACAGUGACUUGCCAAAGGUUGAGGAAUCUAUUAAAUUACCAGGAAGCAGUUUAACUAACAGAGAUCCCAUCAUGUGGACAAGAGGUGAAGUCCUUGGCAAGGGAGCCUAUGGCACAGUAUACUGUGGUCUGACAAGCCAGGGGCAAUUGAUAGCUGUAAAACAAGUUGCUUUGGCUACAUCAGAUCAGCUCACUACAGAAAAGGAGUAUCAGGAGUUUCAUGAGGAAGUCGAACUUUUAAAGACACUGAAGCACGUCAAUAUUGUGACUUACUUAGGCACUUGCCUGGAGGACAACAUUUUAAGCAUUUUCAUGGAGUUUGUCCCCGGCGGCUCCAUUUCCAGCGUUAUCAACCGCUUCGGUCCCUUGCCAGAAACUGUCCUUUGCAACUACACAAAGCAGAUCCUCCAGGGCGUCGCGUAUCUACACGCCAACUGCGUGGUCCACAGAGAUAUCAAAGGCAACAACGUGCUGCUGAUGCCCACGGGGGUAGUGAAGCUGAUCGACUUCGGGUGCGCCAGGCGGCUGGCCCGGGCGAGCCCCAGCGGCACGCGGAGCCAGGUGCUGCGCUCCGCCCGUGGCACGCCGUACUGGAUGGCACCAGAGGUUAUCAGCGAGUCUGGCUACGGAAGGAAAUCCGACAUCUGGAGCCUGGGCUGCACCGUGUUUGAGAUGGCGACGGGCAAACCGCCCCUGGCUUCCAUGGAUAGGAUCGCAGCCAUGUUCUACAUCGGGGCCCACAGGGGGCUGAUGCCUUCGCUGCCCACUGGGUUCUCCGGCGCUGCCGUGGAUUUUGUGCACGCCUGCUUAACCAGGGGCUCCUUACCAUGCAUGACAUUGAUUGGAGAUGACAGCGCAGCCUGGUUGCCACGGGAUCAAACAAAUCAUUGUCACCCUCCUUAAAUACUUUUUGGUGCACCUGAAACAGCCAC